AUGGCGACCUCCCCCGCCGCACCCGCACCGGCAGCACCCGCCGCCGCGGACGCCCCCGCGAACCCCCACAAGCGCAAGAACAAGGGGAAGGGAGGCGGCAACCCCAACAAGAAGAAGAAGCUGCUGAAAGGGCCGGACGACCGCCGCCGCCGCAACAAGCCGAGCGCCAAGUUCCUCAAGCUGCUCGAGAAGCGCGCCCGCGACUACAACUCCGACGACGAAGACGACGUCAAAGUCCAGCGCCAGCCGCGGAGAUUGCAGCCACGGCCACCGAAGCGGCGGGACGGUGCCGGCGCCGGCGACGCUGCUCCCGAUGAGGCCGAGGCCGACGCCCCCUCGUCGGAGGAGGAGGCCUCCAGCUCCGGAGGGGAGUCCGACGACGGCGAGAAGGUGGUCACGAGGUUCGAGGAAGGCUGCAGGGCUUUCCGGGUCGCCUUCACCAAGAUCAUGUCCAAGAGGCUCGCCGACGACCCAUUGGGUCCAAUCCUGUCGGCGCACAAGAAAUUGGUCGCCGCCAAGCUGGCCGAGGAGGCGGACGAGCACAGGUCCAAGGGAGACGCCCGCAAGGAGAAGCGCAUUGCUGCGCAGAAGGGCCAUGUCAUGCCCGCAAAUCAUGUUGACAACAAGGAGAAGAUGCUAAUCAAGGUUGCAACCCAAGGGGUUGUCAGGUUGUUCAAUGAGGUGAGCAAGCGGCAGGCUCGUAAAGGUUUGAAUCCAUCAAGAAGUAAAGCAGCUUUGGCAAAAGAAGGGACACACUCUGUACCAUCUAGCCAAGGACAAAAGGGCCAGGCAUCUUCCAAGUUCUCUAAGCAUAUUGGCAAAGACGAAGAUGAGCCAGGGUGGGCACCUCUACGCGACACAUACAUGCUUGGUACCAAAUUGAAGGACUGGGAUAAAGCACAGGAUUCUGAUGUGGCUCAACAAACUGAGGUCCCUCUGGACAACUUUUCUGAUGAUGAAUAGGAAACAUAAUUCUGUUGUACUGCUGGCUGGUUGAUGGGCUAC